AUGGCACUGCCUCCUAUCAAAGUCAACAUACCCUUCACCAGCAUUCUUCUGCUUUUAGGUUGUUGGCAGGGAGCCAGGGCUGAGGAAGCACCUUCUGAGCAAGAUGUUUCUGUAGCAGUGUCACAGAUAAAUUCUCCAAAGGUGGAUCCGUCCACUCAUAAUGCCUGUCCCUGGGAGUUGUGUGUCCCUGACUCAGAAGAUGAUUUGCAUCUGGCUGAAUACCUGGGCACAAACCCUGGGCAGAAACUUCAUGGGGCAUGUGGAAAAAUUCACCCACUUCAGAAGCAGCACAGUGGAGAGGAACUCUUCACAAGGGACUCGGACAAGGCCUUUUGUGUGAAGAGCUGCAGUGUCCCUGCGUCAAAGAAGCCCUUCAUGUGCUGGGAAGCCAGGAAGGACUUCUCAAACAGCUUGGCCCUUCUCCAGCACCAGUUUACUCACAGUGGGGAGAAGCCACAAAAGGACAUCGUGUGUACAGAGGUCUUUCACAAUGGACAAAGGCACUAUAAAUGCAAUGAAUGUGGGAAAGCCUUCUGCCGAAAAUACAGACUGGCUCAGCACCAGAGAAUCCACACUGGAGAAAGGCCUUAUGAGUGCAAUGAGUGCAGAAAAGCUUUCAGCUACAAACACAUACUUGUUCAGCAUCAGAGAGUUCACACUGGAGAAAGGCCUUAUGGGUGUAGCGAAUGUGGUAAAGCUUUCAGCAACAAACCCACGCUUGUUCGGCACCAGCGAAUUCAUACUGGAGAAAGGCCUUAUGAGUGCAGCGAAUGUGGGAAAUUCUUUAGCCAAAGCUCCAGUCUUAGUGAACAUCAGAGAAUUCACACUGGGUCAAAGCCUUAUAAAUGCAGUGAGUGCGGAAAAUUCUUUACCUCCAACUCCAACCUGGUUAAACACCGUAGAGUUCACACAGGAACCAGGCCUUAUGAGUGCAGUGAUGGCUCCAACCUGGUUAAACACCGUAGAGUUCACACAGGAACCAGGCCUUAUGAGUGCAGUGAAUGUGGGAAGUUCUUUAACCAAAGCCCCAGCCUCAUUAAACAUCAGAGAGUUCAUACAGGUGAAAGGCCAUAUGAGUGUAGUGAAUGUGGGAAACUUUUUAGCCAAAGCUCUACCCUCAUUAAGCACCAAAGAGUUCACACUGGAGUAAGGCCUUAUAAGUGUUUUGAAUGUGGGAAACUUUUUAGCCAGAGCUUUGGCCUCACUCAACACCAGAAAGUUCACACUGGAGAAAGGCCCUAUGAGUGCAAUGAAUGUGGAGAAUUCUCUAGCCAAAACACCCAACUUAUUCAGCACCAAAAAAUUCAUGCCAGAGAAAUGCCUCAUGAGUGCAGUAAAUGUGGAAUAGUCUUUAGUCAAAGGUCUGCUCUAAUUGAGCAUGAGAAACUUCACAGCCCAUCUAGGCUUUAUGAGUGCAGUGAAUGUGGGAAAGCCUUCAGCCAAAGGCCUAACCUCAUUCAACACCAGAAAGUUCAUACUAGAGGAAGGCUUUAGAAUGAGGUGGAGACAACAGGGAAUGAGCUCUCUCCCUAUUUAAUACAACAGCUCAAUGAGCUAGCCAGUUAGCUCAGUUGGUUGCAGCAUGGCGUUAUAACACCAAGGUGAAGG